AUGACGGCAUAUACUUUACAUAUACACCUAAAGAAACCCGGGCAUAAAGUCUUCAUAGCUCGAAGAAUAUCACUCGUCCUGGGAUACGCUGGAAAAGAAACAGUCAUUGAUGUGGCAAAAAGGGCAGCGCAAGAAAGUCCGCACGCAGCAGAUCUAAAUAUCUUUUCAACAAUCUACACAUACUGCAAUAUCGUUCAGCCGCACGUCGUUGGAGAUACGAGUGCGCAGUUACUUCGAAGCAUUCCCGUCGAAGGAAAGUAUGGUGAUAUCGUUACGAAGACGUUUACCAACAUACAAUACGUGCCUGUCCAAACGAAAUCCUUCGGAGACGUGGAAAUUCUUUUAAGGAACGACACGGGCGAUCCAGUGCCAUUUGAACGGGGGAAGGUGCUGACAACACUACAUUUCAGACAGCAUACAUACUUCACUUGA